ACAAACUGCAGGAGUGUUUGACCGAGACAGUCAAAGAAUAAGGCUGAACAAAACUGAUUAGGAUUUGCUUACCUUGAAAAGUACAGCAGAUUAUUAGGAACAAAAUCCUACCAAGAAAGAGAGAACUGGAUGGGCACUAGCUUAUUUUGGGGGCUCUGUUCCUAGCCAGCAUUGCAUUGUGCCCGAUUCACUACGAAGAGCAAAUCUGUAUCUUGCAACUGCUGCUCAAAUGAGAUGCCAAAUGGCCAGAAGUGUGCUAAUUCUAGAAAGUGCAGCAGUUCCUGGCUUGUGACAUCACAGAAUUCUUGGAACAUUUUCACCAACUGUCAUCUGGUUGUCCAGAACUUUUUGAAUCCAAAACUAAGUUGAAGGUGUUGAGAGAACCUGGAGUCUGAAGCAUUGAGAAGCCUCAAGUCCUUAAUAUGCCCCAGGACGAGAAGAAUCCAGCAAUGACCCCUCCCCAAAAAAUACUAAAUGAGAAAGACGCAGAUCUAGAUUGGAAUAUGGGAGAACCCUUUGAGUCCUUGGGAAAGCUCCAAGGCCUACCUGACGGGGAAAAGGGAGAGAAGGCUAUGCUGCGCUCACGGAUCCAUGAGCAAUCUCAGCUCAUUUGCAUCUUGAAGAAGCGAGCAGAUGACAACCUCAUGCGCUGCAAGACAUUAGAACAGCUCAAUACGGAGCUGCAAGAGCUCAGGACGGCGGAUGCUUUGAGACUGGAGAGUCAGACCCGGCGUAUCCAGCAGCUGGAAGAUCGCUUCAUGGACCUGGCUGCCAAUCACGAGGAUAUGAUCCACUUCAAAGACGAGCACAAACGGCAGAACAUGCAGCUGAGGGAAGAAAACAGGCGCUUGCGCCAAGAGAAUCUCAGCCUCUUCAACCAGCCUUUGAAAGAGAAAGAAGCAGAGCUGAACCACCUUGAGUUGCAGUACCGGAAACUCUCCAAGGAACUGGAGGCCUUGAAAGAAAGUUAUAAGCAAGAAAGCGAGCGUGCCCAACAGCGAGAAAAGGAACUUCUGGAAGCCCAGAGUCAGCAAACCAGUGCCCACGCGGAGGAGGUUAGCUCACUGAGAAGACAACUGGAAGUCCUUGAAGAAAAACACAGUCAUGUCACCGAGCAACUGGAGCAAGCAGAAAAGCAGCUCAGAGAUGGUGAUCUGAAAGAUGUACUGGAGCAGCUGAAGCAAGAGAAAGAGGAGCUGUUGAACCUGGCAAUGGAGAGAGGAAAAGCGCUGCAGGAAAAACAACGGGAGAUCCUACAGUUAGAGAAGAAGGCCGAGGAUAUGGAGAAGGCCAAGCAGGCAGCGGAGCAGCGCUUUGAGACAGAGGCCGCAGCGGUGGACAGUGUCCUCCGGGUUCGAGACCUACAAUUGCGGCUGGUUGGGGCAGAACGAGCAUACCUCGAGCUCCAGAUGCAGUUUGACGCAUACAAGAGGCACAGCAUGGAUUUACUUACGAAAGAGAAAGAGUUAAAUAUGAAACUCCGCCAUUUCAUGGCGUAAGCUACACACAUCUUCGCCAACCCUCAAGCAAAGAUGUC